GGCGUCUUUAACGAACACUCUCGCCGUGCGUGUCCUCGCGAGAACAUACAUUCGAAAUCCUACGUGAGCAUGGCAGGGUAACAAAUCGCCUGCUCAUUGGUCUGGAGGUAUCGUUGUAAAAUGGCGCCCAGCGAAAUAUGAGCAGUCAAGAAAAAGGAAAAAACAAAGCAUUCUAACUUUAACUCUAAAUUGUAAAAAAAGAGAGAACCUAACCUACACGGACAGACAACAUUAAACAUUUGCUUGCUUGACGAAAAGAGAGUUGGAGGCCCAAGAUUCAGCACCGUUGAGGAGGAAGAGAGGUAGCUAAUGCCAUUGAGCCUGGAAACCUUUGCCUGCUAGCAGCGCAGCUAACACAAAACACACUUCUACUUUAAAGAAGUGUUGGCAGCAAUGAAUAAUUCCCUGGAUGGCUCCAGCUCCUAUGAGGAGCUUGUACGGCAGAAAGCUCGGAGUAUCCCCCAGCAUCGCAUGAAGGAGUUCCUCGAGUCCUUGGCCAGUAAAGGUCCAGAUGCGCUGCAGGAGUUUAGCCAACAAAGUGGGGAUGUUACAACUACCACCACAACGAUGGUGUAUCAGCAAGAGCCGAAUUGCAUCUACACAGACAGCACAGAAGUGGCAGGGUCGCUUCUGGAACUAGCUUGUCCAGUUCAGGUCCAAGUUCAGCCGCAGCAGAUCCAAGAGUCAACAGCUCAGGAGAAUGCAGAGCAUCAGAUUGUACAGGUGCAGAUUCAGGGCCAGCAGCCAGGUCAGAUGUUGGGUCAGGUCCUCCAAGUGCCCUCUGGCUCCCAUCAGCAGCUUCAAGGUGUGACAACAGCACAGCUGAUUCAGCCAGGAGAUCUCACUGAGGAGCAGCACCAACAGCUCCAGGCCCAGUUGGUGGCAGCUGUUGCAGGAGGACAACAGAUCCAAAUUCAAACAGUGGGGGCCCUUUCACCCACUCAGCAACAGGACAGUGUUGAGAGGAGGUCUCUGGGGACCACAUCCCAAGGCGCAGGUGUCCUCCAGCCCGCCAAGAAAAGAAAGGUGGACAUGCCCAUUACUGUAUCUUAUGCCCUACCUGGUCAGCAGGUGGCAACAGUCCUGGCUAUCCCACAAGGACAGGGUCAACAGCAGAGUUAUGUCUCCCUGCGGCCAGAUCUCCUAACAGUGGACAGUUCGCACCUUUAUAGUGCUACGGGCACUAUCACUAGUCCCACAGGGGAGACCUGGACCAUUCCUGUAUAUUCUGCUCCUGCGGCGGCUGGUGGUCGGGAACAGGUCACACACAUUGCCAUCCCCCAGGAAGCCUACGGAACUGUGCAGGUAGCCGGGGCCAAUACUGCAACCAUGAACACUAUGCCAACACAAGUCACUGUUGAAAACGACAAGUUGAAAAACGCUUCAAGUCAAAGUCAGACAGCACAGGCGGUUUCCAGCAUAACAAGCACCGGAGGAUUGGGGGGUCAAGAAGAAGUGGUGCAUACAUUGGCUGCAAACACACUCUUCCCUGCUCAACUAAUGAAUGGAAAUAUACACAUCCCAGUCGCGGUACAGGGCUACUCCAACACUACGCAGUCCCUGAUCUGGGACCCACAGCAACAAGUUCUUCAUGCACAGGGACUAACUGGGCAAGAUGGACAGCAGAUACAGGCUCAAGCAGUGGUUGCAGAGGUAGAUGGACAAGGCCAGCAGCAAGUACAAGUUCAGGAACUUUUGCUCCCCUCUACAUUGAAACCAGAAGAGGGGCUAGAAAUGUGGUGUGCCUGGGCUCAGCGCAAAAAUGGAGAAUUGGAGAAAUCUGAUAAAACCACACUGGCUCCAAUUGGCAGGCGCCAGGCACUGCGUUUCCAGGAAGAUCUAGUGUCAUGUGCUGUAGCUGAGCUCUGCAUGGGUCUUUCUCUAAUGACGACAGAGGCCCGGGGCCUGGAAGGAGAGCCCUAUGAAGCCGACGUACUUUACUAUGUAUUUCUGUGCAUACAAAAGUAUCUGUUUGAUAAUGGUCGCGUGGAUGACAUCUUUUCAGACCAGUACUACACUCGCUUUGCUCAAAGUUUGCACCGGAUUCUCCAACCCUGGACACCGUCUGUUCAUCCACUCGGCUAUAUAAUCGCUAGUCAUGUGACAGAGGAGAUGCUGUGGGAAUGUAAACAACUUGGGGCUCAUUCCCCAUCAACAUUGCUUACAACUCUCAUGUUCUUCAACACUAAGUAUUUUCACCUGAAAACAAUUGAUCAGCAUUUAAAGGUUGCCUUUUCCAAAGUCCUAAGACACACCAGAAAGAGUCCUAAUAAUCCCAAAGACAAGAGCACCAGCAUCCGGUACCUGAAAACGACUGAAAGGUUCAUAGGACAGAAAGUCACAGAUGAUAUGUACUCAGAGCAGCUCGAGGAUCCGGAAAAUCCUCUGCGAUGCCCCAUCAAGCUGUAUGAUUUCUACCUCUUCAAAUGUCCACAAAGCGCCAAAGGACGUAACGACACCUUCUACCUGACUCCGGAGUCCGUUGUGGCUCCAAACAGCCCCAUUUGGUACUCAACUCAGCCUAUCCCAAAAGAGGAGUUGGAGCAGAUGCUGACCCGCAUCCUCGUUAUCCGUGAAAUCCAGGAAACCAUCAACAUGUCGGAGACAGCACACUAAUUGGAAAAGGCCAAUAUGAACUUGAUGGCUCCUUUUUCUUCACCCAGCCUUUGAUUGCUCAUUUCGUUGUCCUUUUCUAUUCCCUCACAUUCUUUCACUGACAUGUACUGUAAAUGUGCAUAUUCAUUAUGUCUACAUGCACAUUAUAUUGUACAUGAGAAAAGAACGUACAAAAAGUAUAAGCAAUUACUUCUCUCACUCAAAGCAAUUAUUAAACUUCUCUACUGCUUUCUUCCUUUUUGUUUGGCCAAAAGAUUAUCGGACAUGAUCUCUCAGCUAUAAUUUUGUGUAUUUUAACUGUGGAUAUUUUUUUCAUUACUCUCUAUCAGUUGUUUAUAUGCUCUCCAGAAACAAAACUGUAAUAUAUUUCUUUGCUGCUUUUUGUGGACUUCUUUGCAUCUAUCAUUGCUCCUGCGUCUCGUAAUGAAUACAUUGGCGGUAUUGAUGCUGGGCUUGGUGUGCCGUCUUUGUUUUUCCACUUUUCUGUCAUUCCACUUGGAACCCUGUGGAGGGUUGGACUCUUUCUCUUUGGAAUACAAGUUUCUCGACAAGCACUUGCCACACAGUGGAUGUGAUGCUGCGGAAAGGGUCCUGGAUUGCACCUUGUUCUCUUCACAAAGCCCAAAAUGAUUCAGGAAAGUAAUUAAUUGGUUCAUGUUUCUUAUGAGACAUCCAAGUAACAAGCCCCUUAAUGUUUUAUAGUGUAAAAUACUUGGCUCCUUCAUGUAUUGGGACUGACUGUGCCUCAGUGUUCUGAAACAUGUUUUUUUUUGUACAGCUGCUACACCAAGUGUUUGCCUUUUUAGUAAGUCCAGUGUAUGUUUUGCACAUGCAUCCUUAAGUACUGG